AUACGCAUAAUUAAAUUUAAGGACAUACUAAAAUUUGCAUUAUAAAUGCCUCUUAUAAUCAUGAUUUUGCAUUAUAAUGAACCUCUAAAUAAGACAUCUUUUGUUGAAAAAAAUCCGCAAUUCUCAAGAUUGUCAUUCUUUUAAAUGCAUCGAAAACCGGAAUAUUCUGACUUUUAAAAAAGUAAAAUAUUUAAACAGUUGUGAAAUAAGUUAUUAGUUCUUAAGACAGGAAUGAUGGACCUUUUCAUUUUUCUAAAUAUUUUACUAUGGAUUUCUUUCGUAGCGGCGGACGUGCCUAUAACUGUCCAUACAACCAAAGGGAGAAUUAGUGGAACGUUGGAGUACAAGUAUGUAGAUGGCGAGCAAAAAUUACUUGCCACAUAUACAGGAAUUCCUUACGCCGAAACAACAGCUGGUGAGAAUAGGUUCCAGAAACCGAUACCAAAAGCACCGUUCACCACACCGUUCAAUGCAAGAAAAACGCCCCUUGCUUGCUACCAGCAGACACGUUACGAAAUGGAUGUCCUGAAGCAUAGGUACGGGGUGCCGGGAUUUACUGAAGACUGUCUCACAUUAAACAUUUAUGCACCGUACAGACUAGGUGUAAACUUUCCACUUCCGGUUAUGGUUUGGAUUUAUGGAGGGGGUUUCAGACAGGGUGCUGCCUCAAUGUACAACCCGGAGGGUCUGGCACUGUUUGGAGACGUUGUAGUGGUAACAGUAAAUUACAGAGUUGGCAUGUUUGGCUUUUUGCGAGAUAGUUCAGGAACGGUUGUUGGAAAUCAAGGACUUUGGGAUAUUCAUCUUGCGCUGAAGUGGAUCAAUACCACUAUUGGUAGUUUUCACGGUAAUCCUGAUGACGUCACAUUAUUUGGUCAAUCGUCUGGCGGUGCAGCUGCUCUUCUGCAAGCAAUGUACAUAGGUAAUAAAGGUCUGUUUAAGCGGGUCAUAGCUGAAAGUGGAAGUCCUCUAGCACCUUGGUCGUUUGAAGACAUAGACGCUUUGGAAGAAUAUCUUAAAGAAACAGGUUGUCAACCCAAUACAAACAAUACUCUUCUUUGUUUACAAAGCAAAGACCCAAUGAUACUUAUGAAUAACCGCGCUAAUUUAGGACCGGUUGUAGACGGUGAUUUUUUGAUAGCAAAGCCGGAAGAAAUUCUUCUAGAGCAGACGGCAGAAACACAUCUUGCCCGCCAGGUUUUUGCGUCUGUCGACAUUCUACUCGGGUUUAAUGACGGGGACGGUGUGCUUUACUAUAAUACUUGGUCUCAUCUGCUAGGCCAGGCUACACUAGAUUUUAACGUCACGAGGCUGCAGUUUGAUAACGUUAUAGUCCCAGAAUUCAUCAAGACAAAAUUGAGCACAGAAUAUACCCCAAAGACAAGGAAAGCUCUAGAAGAGCUUCUAACAUUCUUCUAUACGGACUGGGCUGAUCCUCUGAAUUUAUUGACGAUACGAAAUACACUUAUAGCCAUGACGAAUGACCCAAUGUUUCACGUGCCAGCAAUCCAGGUCGCCAAGACGCAUGCUGGACUUAAAGGUGGAUCUACAUAUUUCUACGAAUUCUCCGUACAGUCGGACAAACAUGCUUUAGAGAUACCACCAUGGUUUGAAGGAUCGUAUCAUGCUGAUGAAAUACCGUAUGUUUUUGGUUUCCCGCUGUUGGCAAACGCUUCUAUAUUUGGCGGCGAGCUCAGCAAUUAUACUGUGGAAGAACAGCAGCUGUCCAGGGACAUUAUGACGUUUUGGACAAACUUUGCAAGAUCUGGAAAUCCAAAUACACCAAACAACGCUACCGAUUUCUGGCCGGAGUUCAGCAUGACGUCACAAAAUUUUUAUCCAAUCACAAAUAUUCUUAUUGAACCACAAGUGACGAAUAUUGAAGAGUUUCAUCCAAGACGAAUGGCGUUCUGGUCUGAGCUAGUCCCAAACCUUAUUAAACUGUUACAAACUGACAAAACUAAACCGGGAAAAGCUCACGUUUCUGUUUCCAAAGUUAAACCCGCCGAUUCACACCCAUCGUUCACCAAACUUAUACCCGGAAUAUCACACGCACCCGUUACUAAAAUUAGACCCGGAAUAUCACACGCACCCGUUACUAAAAUUAGACCCGGCAAGUUACAUGUAUCCCUUAGCCCCAAAAAAUAAAAUUGUGAAUUUCUAUGGCCAGUAUUUCCAUUAAAUUAUCGAAAGAAAAGACGAUAUUCUACUGUUGUGAGAUAUUCGGUAAAGAGAAUGAAUUUGAUUCUUUGUCAUCCCUGUUUUGAUAAGUAAAUAAAUAUAUAAAUAGAUAGAUAAAUAAAUGAAUUAAUAAAA